GGAUUACAGGUAUGAGCCACUGCGCCCAGCUGUGAUUCAAUUUAGCAUCACCAAUCUGACAUUUUAUGCUUCCUAGGGUGAUAUAAUAAGAGUUACACAGCAUAUGUUAUGAAGUAUUCUGGCACAACAAUGUUUAAUUUAAACCUAGUCCAGCCUCUAGCCCAGUGCUGUCCAACAGAAUUUUAUGUGAAAAUAAACAAUAAAUAAAAUAAAAAUAAAUAAUAAAGAAGUGUUCUUUAUAUGCACUGUCUAAUAAGAUAGGCACUACUUACAGGUAGCUGCUGAGGACUCAAAAUGUGGAUAGUGCAACUGAAUAACUAGAUUUUUAACUUAUUUAGUUUUGCUAACUUAAAUUUAAGUAGCCACAUCUGCCUAUUGUCUACCAAAUUGGACAUCCCAGCUCAAGAUUUACUUUCUAAUUUAUAGAAAAUACAAGGGCUAGAGCCACAAAUUAAAUUAUGUAAAAUGUAGUUUUAAAAUCCUUAGGACAGUUAGGAAAAUUGAAUCUGAGAUGAAUAGUAAGUGGUGCUUUGGAAUUAUUGUUAAUUUUCCUGAAUAAGAAAAUAGUACUCUCCUUAUUCUUAAGAAAUUCCUGCUGAUGUAUUUAAGGGUGACAUGCCAUGCUUUCUGCCACUCAAAUAAUUGGGCAACUGUGAAAGCAAAUAUGGUAUAAUGUUAACUGUUGAAUCGGGGUAAACAGGUGGAGCAUCAAUGCAUGUGUGUUGUAUUAUUCCAAUUUUUCUCAAUAUUUGAAAGCUUUCAUCAUAAAAAAGAUAAAAGACAAAUAUUUAAUAAUCUGCUGACUGUUCCCAUGGUAGGAAAAGUGAGAUGGUUUUCAGCUGCCAACUGAAAAAAUCUGGAGAUGGGGAAAUCCAGAUUUGUGUUUCAGGAGCACUUUAGCCACAGCUGCGAUGGAAAUGAGAGAUGGUAUUUAUUAAUGCCUCAGCCUUUCCUGAAACCCCUCUCCCCACAUCACACUUAACACACAGGUCUCCUCCUCCCAGUUUCUCCCAGCACCUGGCCUCCCUUCUCUCCCCCUCGCCAGGCUCUACCCCUCCUUCUCGUCCUCUCCUCUGCUUUCCCCUUCCCUUCCCAAUGCCUGCAGAUGAAGGAAUGCCCUGCUGGCAAGACACUUUGAAGAUGAAACAUGCUGACUCCCCCAGAGCCCAAGACUGACAUCUUUUACAAAGAAGAGGGUGCAGGCCACUCCCCCAUUAAAGCACAUUCUGGAGAGGCGUUGGACCUGGCUAACCACCCAAGCCCAUAAAGCGCAAAUUGCCCCAACAUCAUCUUCACAGCCAAGCCCCUUCAGAAUCUGCGCAUAAAUAGGGCUGCGGUGCCCUGAGGAGCACAUUGGAGUUUCCAUCAGGACUCCAGGUCCCCUAUCCUGUCCUCUGCAACCCAAACGUCCAGGAGGAUCAUGACCUGCGGAUCAGGAUUUGGUGGCCGCGCCUUCAGCUGCAUCUCGGCCUGCGGGCCCCGGCCCGGCCGCUGCUGCAUCACCGCCGCCCCCUACCGUGGCAUCUCCUGCUACCGCGGCCUCACCGGGGGCUUCGGCAGCCACAGCGUGUGCGGAGGCUUUCGGGCCGGCUCCUGCGGACGCAGCUUCGGCUACCGCUCCGGGGGCGUGUGCGGGCCCAGCCCUCCAUGCAUCACCACCGUGUCGGUCAACGAGAGCCUCCUCACGCCCCUCAACCUGGAGAUCGACCCCAACGCGCAGUGCGUGAAGCAGGAGGAGAAGGAGCAGAUCAAGUCCCUCAACAGCAGGUUCGCGGCCUUCAUCGACAAGGUGCGCUUCCUGGAGCAGCAGAACAAACUGCUGGAGACAAAGCUGCAGUUCUACCAGAACCGCGAGUGUUGCCAGAGCAACCUGGAGCCCCUGUUUGAGGGCUACAUCGAGACUCUGCGGCGGGAGGCCGAGUGCGUGGAGGCUGACAGCGGGAGGCUGGCCUCAGAGCUUAACCACGUGCAGGAGGUGCUGGAGGGCUACAAGAAGAAGUAUGAGGAGGAGGUUUCUCUGAGAGCAACAGCUGAGAACGAGUUUGUGGCUCUGAAGAAGGAUGUGGACUGCGCCUACCUCCGCAAGUCAGACCUGGAGGCCAACGUGGAGGCCCUGAUCCAGGAGAUCGACUUCCUGAGGCGGCUGUAUGACGAGGAGAUCCGCAUUCUCCAGUCGCACAUCUCAGACACCUCUGUGGUUGUCAAGCUGGACAACAGCCGGGACCUGAACAUGGACUGCAUCAUCGCCGAGAUCAAGGCACAGUACGAUGACAUUGUCACCCGCAGCCGGGCCGAGGCCGAGUCCUGGUACCGCAGCAAGUGUGAGGAGAUGAAGGCCACGGUGAUCAGGCACGGGGAGACCCUGCGCCGCACCAAGGAGGAGAUCAACGAGCUGAACCGCAUGAUCCAGAGGCUGACGGCCGAGGUGGAGAAUGCCAAGUGCCAGAACUCCAAGCUGGAGGCCGCGGUGGCUCAGUCUGAGCAGCAGGGUGAGGCGGCCCUCAGCGAUGCCCGCUGCAAGCUGGCCGAGCUGGAGGGCGCCCUGCAGAAGGCCAAGCAGGACAUGGCCUGCCUGAUCAGGGAGUACCAGGAGGUGAUGAACUCCAAGCUGGGCCUGGACAUCGAGAUCGCCACCUACAGGCGCCUGCUGGAGGGCGAGGAGCAGAGGCUAUGUGAAGGCAUUGGGGCUGUGAAUGUCUGUGUCAGCAGCUCCCGGGGCGGGGUCGUGUGCGGGGACCUCUGCGUGUCAGGCUCCCGGCCAGUGACUGGCAGUGUCUGCAGCGCUCCGUGCAACGGGAACGUGGCGGUGAGCACCGGCCUGUGUGCGCCCUGUGGCCAAUUGAACACCACCUGCGGAGGGGGUUCCUGCGGCGUGGGCUCCUGUGGUAUCAGCUCCCUGGGUGUGGGGUCUUGCGGCAGCAGCUGCCGGAAAUGUUAGGCACCCCAACUCAAGUUCCAGGCCCCAGGCAUCUUUCCUGCCCUGCCUUGCUUGGCCCAUCCAGUCCAGGCGCCUGGAGCAAGUGCUCAGCUACUUCUCCUGCACUUUGAAAGACCCCUCCCACUCCUGGCCUCGCAUUUUCUCUGUGUGAUCCCCCACUUCUGGGCUCUGCCACCCCACAAUGGGAAACGCCACCCUAGAAAGAAGUCCGCUGGCACCCACAGGAAGGGGCCUCAGGAGCAGGAAGAGCCAGGACCAGAAACUUGCCCAUGGCAACUGCCUUCCUGCCUCUCCCCUUCCUCCUCUGCUCUUGAUCUGUGUUUCAAUAAAUUAAUGUAGCCAA